AUUUAGUUUUGAAAACAUGGAAAAAACUAAAUUAAUUUAAUUUUCUGGUAAAAAAAAUGUAAAACCUAAAAUCAUAUCAUUCACUUCCUUCACCAUAACAAAAGUCGAAAUAUGCUCCUUCCCUUCGCCAUUGAAGUGUAAGAAUGGUCUCCAAGCUCCUUCCUUUCACUCCACUCUCUCUCUAUCCGCAACCAAACAACUCCUUCGUCUCUUCCUCUACUCAAUUUCAAGUUUUAAUUGUUCUGUUUUAUUGUUUUUUUUUUUUUUUAAAUUUAUUUGAAAUUUUUCUGUUUUUGCAGCUACAUGCUUCCCUCUAUGAAUCCCUUAGCGAUAAGGCAAACCCAAAUCCUAAACUUUGCUUCCUUCCAAUCUUAGUUUUGAUUUCUUUUCUACAUCCCAUUUGCUGCUGCUAUUGCUCAUUCACUUUUUGGAUUGAGAAGAAAUUUUCCUUCAUUUUGCAGGAAGUAAGUGUUGGAAACUCAAAGAAUAAGGUCAAUUUAAUAAUGCCUCCUCGUACUGGUAGCAAGCCUAUGAGAGAGCUCAUUUAUGAAUUGGAUGAGAUUCAAGAAGCAAUGCAAUUGGAGCCCCAUCUAUCUAAUGUCAAAGCUAUUGAAAAGUGUUUUUGUCGUGCCUGUCCCUAA